AUGAGCGCGACACCCAGUACCGCAGCCGGCGGCGCGACUUCCGCUACCCUCAGUGGCGCGGAGUCAAGCAACAUGACUGUCACCAAGGUCGCGGAUGGACGAUCAGAUGCGAAACCCGCGAGCCCAACAGACAGCCUUCCAUCGCCCGUCUCACGCCCGAUCGAUCCGGAUGCGCCGUCCCUGUUAACAUUACCUGGGGAGGUUCGCAACGCGAUCUACGAGACACUCUUGAUCCAUGAAGAUCCUGUUCAGAUCCGUGCGAACGGUAUCGAUCCUCUCGGUUGCCACUCCGGCAGUGUCGUCCCCGGAACUGCACUCCUCCAGUCAUGUCGCCAAAUCCACCAUGAGGCCACUGGUGUCUUCUAUGCACGAAACGUGUUUCGACUAGUGGUCCCUACAAGUACGGACGACGAAGACGGCCUUCUUUGGGCUAUGGACUGGCUUCGCAUUAUCGGCAAACAGUCGUCUUCUCUUCGCGUCAUCCAGCUCGAUAUCAAGAGCCUGCUUGAAGGGUGCGAGGCCUUGGAGAUCCUACCGAUACUGGAGUACGCCUGGAAGCUGGAUCACAAGGACAUGGCUGUUUCGUUUGUGACACCACCUGAGACGUUGCGGAUGAGCCUCCGAGGCCUUCGGCGAUGGUCUGCCAACCACACGGCUAAGAUUAACAAAGGCUUGAGUACGCUCCUCGCUGAUCCCUCAGAUCUUCUUAGAAAGUACUGGACCGUGAAAAUGCUGUUGAGGGUCACACUCGACCCAGAUGGAUCGAAAUUAUACAUUUCAUACCGCCAUAAUCACCGCGAUGGUGGUAACUGGAUGACGAAAGGCCGCAUGUCAAUCAGCGAUGGUGGUGAGCUGCGUGUCAUUCCGCUCGACAGAAACCCAGGAUUAUGUGAACUCAUGACAAUGUUUUCUGUGAGAAGGAGGCUUUUCGAUUUGGUCCAGCCCCCAGAAAUGGAACUGGUCUUCGACUUGACGAAUCAGACUACGAAUAACAACCUUGAAAGCCUCGCUCGAGUAAAUGAUUGGUUACGUCGCCAAACCUUGUCAGAAGUCCGUAACUAUAACUCAACCUUCACGUCAACAACGUCAAAGCCGAAAUACAACUUUGAGACCGAGCUGGAGACAUUCGCAGCCGUCCAACUACGGGGCCGCCCACGCCACUUUCAUCUGUACUUCGACCUAUCGGAAUAUUUCACCCUCAAAGAUGUUCGAUUCGAUGCACUGCCACUUAUAUCUGCGUUGAGCUCGUUUGACUGCGAAGUCGACUUGAAGAUCGAGGUACGCCAUCCGCUCGAUUCCAAGACAUCAUACCAGACCUUCACGAUGCUCUUGAGAGAUCUGAAAGUCGGCGUUUUCUCCUUUAUAUACAACUUUCUGGAUGACUAUCCCAACCGGGCCUACCUUCCGUGCCCUAAAAUCUGGACCAAUGGGUUCGGUCAAGCGAAAGAAGCGACAUGGCAAGAUGAGCUCUGGCUGGAACCUGUGGAUAAUUCAUACCCGGACAACAGUCAGAGUAUGUUUCAACAGAUUCGUGAUGAAGUUGCGAAUGAAUGGGCUUCGAAAGUUGCGAAUGAAUGGGCUUGGAGAGACAGAAGUCGUGUCGGUCCUGCUAUCGAGGGCACAUUAUUUGAGUUCCUUGGGGAGGAACAUGGGUGGUGA